AAUCGCUAAAUAAAGAUUGGCAACACGUGUGAGACGCGUGACACUCUACCUAUCACUUUUUGAAGAGAAAGAUGUGUAAACAUGAUCCUAAAUUCAGCAGACUAUGACCUCGUUAUAUAUUUUAUAGGCCGACGUGUAUGCACCUACAUGUACCUAGCGGAUUCGAUAUUUUUCAGUGUAAAAUGUCGGAGCGAAUGCAGAAAGAAGCUUUUAUAGCCAAGCCGAGUUUAAUCAACACUGUUCGUUGUAAUACUAUAGAAAUAGAUGAUGCUACUACAGAUUGUUGUGAACUGGCAAAAGUUCCAAAAGGACGUGAACCGACAUCAUUUAUCAGGGACAUAAAGAAUGACAAGGACGUCCGAUUCAAGCUUAUUCUCAGCAUAUGUGUGUCACUCGCAUUUAUGAUGUUGGGAUGGACUCUUGGCCAGAUGGGACCUGCGUUUCCAGAUCUUCUGGACAUUACAAGAACGGAUCUAGAAAAAGGGUCUACAUACCUAACAUCAUAUAGCACAGGUCGUCUAGUUGGAUCAGUACUCGGAGGACUACUGUAUUCAAAGAUUAACACAUACCUGUUAUUUGUAGCCUCUCUGGUUAUUAACGGAACAGCCGUAGCUACGAUACCAUGGUGUUCCACAUAUGAACUUAUGAUGAGUGUGCAUGCGAUCCAGGGUAUAUCGGGAGGCGUAUUGAAUCUGGCGGUAACUUCAACGUCAAUGUCGAUAUGGGGACCAACCAGAAGAGGACGCUCCUACAUCCAGAUAUUGUAUGUAUUCUUCUCAUUUUCAACAGCAAUGGCACCUAUUGCAACGGCACCAUUUUUACGUAAAAACCAAGGUGUUACCGAACUUCGGAGUGUCGGCAAUCUCAGUUCAACAUCAUCGGAGUCUAACGGCACCAUACCGUGUUGCUCUGAAGAAAACUCCAACAUGAACAACAAUGGCCACGUUUUGGAUUUUGCGACGAGUGGUCAGGAAUCAAGGCUUUAUAUUGCAUUUUUCAUUUCAGCUGGGAUGACGUUCUUGGUCGCCCUUCUUUUUAUUAUUUUGUACAUCAAAAGAGCCAACAGCUCUGUCAGAGGGUCAAAAAUGAAAGCCCUUGAUUUUAUUGGAAAUCAUUCCCGUAUCUCAAAUUACCUACAGUUAAUUAAUGUUGGUUUAUUAUCUGCUAUGUUCAAUACAUGUCAGGUUGCCUAUCCCUCUUACUUGACUGUUUUCUGUGUUCAGUAUUUGCAUCAGACAAAGACGUUUGGCGCCAUGUUAACGUCCGUUACGGUGUUUAUAACAGUAGGUGGUAGACUAAUUGGUAUAUUCCUCGUUCGUGUAAUGGAGUCCCAUACUAUAUUGUUAUGCUCAGCUAUUUUGUAUGCAUCUGGGUUUAUUUGUUUGACAGUAAGUGCUCAUCUGUAUUCCGAAAUUGGAAUUUGGGUUUCAGCAUGUCUCAUUGGAUUACCUUCAGGCACGAUAUGGCCUACUGCAUUAAGCUGGACUAAUUCAUAUCUCAUAACCGUUGAUGCCAAAGUGUCAAGUUACCUUAAUUUAGUCGGCCAUAUAGGUCCUUUGACCUGUCCUUUUUUAUUGGGAUAUCUGAUGCAAGAAAUCUCUUUUCUCUGGUUUUGUUAUGUUUGCAUUAUAUUUUCUGCUCUCAUCAUGAUAAGUUCUAUAGGUAUGGUGUUACACACAAAAAUUAAACCCUCAUCAUUUUAAUUCCCGUAGGAUCAUGAAUCACAAUUAGGAAUAUCUAAAUAUAGGAAUAUUUCACUAGGAAUCAUAGUCAUAGUAAUUAGAAGGAAGUAGACAUCGUGAACAAACAGAGUAACCGUGUGAUGGUAGAUGACAUAUUCAUGGUCCCACAUAUAAAAGUAAUAAUGAUACUUAUGUUUAAGUGUAAACAACAGAAUGUUAUUUAUGAAAGGUACAAGUACCAGACAUCGCCAGAACAAUUGUUUUGAUAUUGAAACUAAAAAACAAAUUUAUACAAUAUACAAAGUUAAUGCUUUUAAUUGUAUUAUGAUUUUACCUGGCAUAUUUUGUUCUUAUUCAACAGCAGUACACUAUAUACAUAUAUAUAAGUUUUAUCCCUUUCCGGGUUUUGGAUUAGACUAGACAACAAACUGAAAGGCCACUUUAUUACAAUGGAAAAAUUGUAAACAGCGAGGUUGCCGUCUUCCUCCUCUACCAUUUCGUUAGGUGUUUUAUCGACAAGGUCGAUGUUUUUACAUUUUUGUAUUUUACAUAAGUCAUUGCUUCUUAACAUUUGUUACUUUGUACCCUUUGUCAGUGUUGUUAUAUUGAAAUCCCUCCUAUCGCUUUGCCUUUAUCAGCUUAAAAGUUAAAAUACAUUUAGUAUGUAUCGAUAUGUAAUAAUACAUCGAUUACUGGCAUUUAAAUAAGAUAAAUAAAUAUUCUUAUUCGACAA